AUGGAUGGCCCAGUUCCUCCAAUUAUUCCCGAUGGGAGACUGCCCGAUUCUUUCAAUACUACCUCUUCGCUUUUUGAAGAAGAGGCUUUUUUAUCGCCAGGUACAUUUUCAAGUGCGGACGAGUAUGCCGCCAACCCGCGCUUCCUAGAAUUACAGGAAGAACUUCGCUGUGUUUUAUUCUCGGCGGUUUCCAGUCUCGAGCCAAACACAUACACGUCUCCCACGCCGUCAGAACCCCUGGAUGGCCCUGGCCCCCGAGCAUCACGUCCGAGCUUGGACUUUACGCGGGUAUCGAUUCCCAAAAUACGACUGAUUUAUUAUUUGAAGAAUUGGAUCACGGAAUGUGCGCCGUACUUGGACAAAUUCGACGAGUCGCGCCAUUUUGGUGUCCACAUUCCAAUCCUGGCGCAGAAGUCGCCAACAUUAUUCUACGCUAUUCUCGCAUUCUCCGCCCGCCAAAAUGAGCGCAAAGCUUGCCUUGACAAGGCCUACGAUAGCCUAGAGCUAUACCAGGAAUCAAUACGACUAUUAGCGCCUUGUCUGCAAGCCAAAGAUCCAAAUGUAUUGGUUACGGUCUGCAUUUUAGCCGUAAUGGAGUUGAUGUCCGUCAGUCCACGCGAUUGGCGCCGCCAUGUCGAGGGCUGCGCGGCACUUUUCGAUUCUUUCAACGGGGGGCACCUACAAGCAGUUUUCUGGUGCUAUGCGCGCAUGGAGCUCUGCGGGGCAAUUAUCUCCAACGGUGCAGAGAGCACAGUUCUGCCACUGGAAAAAUGGGUACCUGCCAUGCCAGAAGCAUCAUGUCCGAAAGAACAAGAGGACAUGAUUCGGGACUUAUUUUGCCAAAAGAGCCGUACAUCGCCAGACAUGCAUGCGAACUGGGCAGUAUAUCUCUGCGCGAAAACAUGCGGCCUCGCAAGUCGGCAAAUCAGACAUCUUGAACUUGGUGAGAUGGUCGAUGACACCAGAUCCUUCGUCGAGCAGUGGGACUGCCUUUGGGAUGAACUUCAAUACUGGCUGGAACAGCGACCCCCAGCCAUGUUACCCAUCAAAACAACGGGGCUGGGUGGUGGACAGAUUUUCCCAGAGAUACUCUAUGCGCAUUAUGCCGCCAUAAGUGGGAAUCAGCUGUAUCAUGCAUCGUGCAUCAUGAUGCUCGACAUGAAGCCACCGGAGAAAAUUCUGCCUCCUGCGAAGCCACAAUACUCCGCAAUUUGGCAUGCGCGGAGAGUGUGCGGUAUUUCGCUUACGAACCCACACAGUGGAAAUUUGAUUAAUGCUAUUCAGCCACUUUACAUCGCAGGCAAAUUUCUCAGUCACAACAGCGAGCAUAUUGAGGUCGCCAAACUAUUCAAAAUAGUCGAGGAGACAACUGGGUGGGGUGCGCUCUGGAGAUUGAAGGAUCUUGAAAGAGCUUGGGGAUAUGAGCCGGGUGAGAUUUUGUCUGCGAUUUAA